UGAGUGGCAUUAAGGCCGGGCUAGAAGAAAGCCAGACUGAGAAAUGAAGUUGUGCUAAAAAGCCCUUUUGGCUAUCCAGAAGUUUAUUAGGCAUUUCUCAGCUGGAAAUUAAGGGAUCUUCAUUAAUAGCCCCUCUUCAUCCCAGAUUAGAGCCCAGGGCGAAGCUGGGAGAAACCGAAGCGAGAUGGGACGGAGGAAAACUCCAUCGCCCGCGGCAGGGGAGGCUAACUUCUCCUCCACCUUGGGAGGAUCUUCCUGAGUUUCAUUCAAGCGCCGAGAUUGUCACCUUGGGCGCGGGGACAGAAGUAGCCUGAAGGAGCGGUCCCUGAGUCUGCAGAUUCCCGGCCACUUUUUUUCCCGCAAAGGGAGAGGAAGAGCUAGAGAGGCCUGGAGAUUCUCAAACGUUUGAAGAGACGCUACCAUGUCUCUUUUGCCCGGAAUUACAUUUUCAGCCACGACGGGAAGAAAGCACCAAGGACCCCCUGACUGGAUUGCUGAGCUCUGAAGCCAUCUUGCCGCUCUCCUCUCUGCCAGUCGCUUUUGGAUUCCCAGAGCUGGAUUCGCAACUUUUACAGCCCAUUGAUAAUCAGCUCCUUAAUAAUAAUAAUAAUAAUAAUAAUAAUAAUAAUAAUAAUAAUAAUUGAUGCUCUUGCACCUAUCACCAUCCCGCACCCUGAAGCUUAAGCAUUCGCGCCCCGCAUUUUAAAAUGACUUUGUGAUUUCAAAACAAAGCAACAAACAAUUUCACGAUGCUUUGCUGGAACUGACCGAGGCGCCGGCACGCACACUUUUGUUUAUUUUUUUGGAUGCAUCUGUGGAGCUUACACUGUCAGAAAGAAAGGGGAAGAAACCACCAUGAAAGAGAAGUCCAAAAAUGCGGCCCGGACUAGGCGGGAGAAAGAAAACAGCGAGUUUUACGAACUGGCCAAACUGCUGCCUUUGCCUUCCGCCAUCACCUCGCAGCUGGAUAAAGCCUCCAUCAUCAGGCUCACCACCAGCUACCUGAAGAUGCGGGUGGUUUUCCCCGAAGGAUGUGUUUGGCUGGGAACCGCCGGCACCUUUGUCAACACGUCGAGGCUCAGAGCUCAGCUGCUCGUUCCAGUAAAACAAACAAUGCAUUUUCUCUCUCCGCCCCGCGUCUCCCUCCCGGCGAAGCCACGACUUGGAGAAGCCUGGGGACACGCGAGUCGAACCAGCCCUCUGGACAACGUUGGGCGCGAGCUGGGAUCUCACCUUUUGCAGACUUUGGACGGUUUCAUAUUUGUGGUAGCUCCGGACGGCAAGAUCAUGUACAUCUCCGAAACCGCCUCUGUUCAUUUGGGUUUGUCACAGGUUGAGCUGACAGGCAACAGCAUUUACGAGUACAUCCACCCAGCCGACCACGACGAGAUGACCGCCGUCCUCACCGCCCACCAGCCGUACCAUUCCCAUUUCGUUCAGGAGUACGAGAUCGAGCGCUCCUUCUUCCUAAGGAUGAAAUGCGUCUUGGCCAAGAGGAACGCCGGGCUGACUUGCGGAGGCUACAAGGUCAUUCACUGCAGCGGCUACCUGAAGAUCCGCCAGUACAGCCUGGACAUGUCUCCCUUCGACGGCUGCUACCAAAACGUCGGCCUGGUGGCGGUCGGCCAUUCCCUGCCCCCCAGCGCCGUGACGGAGAUCAAGCUGCACAGCAAUAUGUUCAUGUUCCGGGCCAGCCUGGAUAUGAAGCUCAUUUUCCUCGAUUCCCGGGUAGCCGAGCUGACCGGUUACGAGCCUCAGGACCUGAUCGAGAAGACGCUUUACCACCACGUCCACGGCUGCGACACUUUCCAUUUGCGCUGCGCUCAUCACCUGCUGCUAGUGAAAGGUCAAGUUACCACAAAAUACUACCGCUUCUUGGCCAAGCAAGGUGGCUGGGUCUGGGUGCAGAGCUAUGCCACCAUUGUCCACAACAGCCGAUCUUCACGGCCUCAUUGCAUCGUCAGCGUCAAUUACGUGCUCACGGAUACAGAAUAUAAAGGACUACAGCUCUCAUUGGAUCAAGUUUCAGCAACAAAGCCAUCAUUCCCAUAUGCAAACUCAACACCAACAAUCACUGACAACAGAAAAGGAAGCAAGUCACGUCUGCCGAGCACAAAGUCAAAAUCUAGGACAUCUCCAUAUCCACAGUAUUCUGGAUUUCAUACAGAAAGAUCUGAAUCAGACCAUGAAAGCCAGUGGGGUGGUAGCCCACUGACCGACACUGCCUCUCCACAAUUGAUGGAUCCCAUUGAAAGGCCAAACUCUCAGCAUCACGAUGUCUCCUGUGCCUAUAGACAAUACUCAGACCGCAGUGCUCUCUGCUAUGGUUUUGCACUUGACCAUUCCAGGUUGGCUGAUGACAGACACUUCCACACUCAGGCCUGUGAAGGCAGCAGGUGUGAGGCUGGCCGAUACUUCCUUGGCACGCCACAGUCUGGGAGGGAAGCAUGGUGGGGUUCCCGAUCUGGCCUUCCCUUAACCAAAUCUUCUCCUGAGAGCAGAGAAGCCUAUGAAAACAGCAUGCCUCAUAUAACUUCCAUACACCGAAUUCACGGAAGAGGGCACUGGGAUGAAGAAAGCGUUGUCAGUUCCCCAGACCCUGGUUCUGCUAGUGAAUCAGGUGACCGAUACCACUCUGAGCAGUAUCAGGGCAGCCCACACGAGCCCAGCAAAAUUGAGACUCUCAUAAGAGCUACUCAGCAAAUGAUUAAAGAAGAAGAAAACAGGCUGCAGUUGCGGAAGUCGACUCCCGAUCAGCUGGUUUCCAUUAACGGAGCAGGGAAAAAGCACUCUGUUUGCUUCACAAGCUACCACCACCACCAGCAACAACAGCUGAGAGGAGAUGCCUGCAGGGUCCCUAGUGUCACCAACACAUCUCCCUGCGAACACACACAGCAGCAAGAUGGGAAGAUGAUGAGCCCCCAUGACAAUGACUAUGACAACAGCCCCACGGCACUGUCUAGAAUAAGCAGCCCCAAUUCUGACCGGAUUUCUAAAUCCAGUUUGAUACUGGCUAAGGACUGCCUUCAGUCAGAAGUGUCGCCUCAUCAAACUCCAGGGGAUAGCUCAGCAGAAUCCCCAAACUAUUACAAUUCCCAUCGGCAGUACUUUGAUAAGCAUGCAUACACGCUAACAGGAUAUGCUCUGGAGCACCUUUACGACAGCGAAACCAUCAGGAACUAUUCUUUGGGUUGCAAUGGGUCACACUUUGAUGUGACGUCUCACCUACGGAUGCAGCAAGAUCCAGCACAGGGACAUAAGGGGACAUCUGUUAUAAUAACCAAUGGAAGCUGAUGGGUGUUUCCCAACCCCCUUUUCAUUUCUCUUCUUUUUUAAAAAAGUUUGUGCUAGGAAAAUAUCUUUGCAGUAGUAACAGCAGGCACACAUGUUUUGAUACCCUUGCUGUUACUGGCAUUUGAUAAAACUACAAUGCACUAGAGAGAAUACUUGUAAGGUACUGGGGAAGUGUUGCUUUAUCUAAGUUACUGUUGAAAAUGCACUGGUCUCAGUUAAGGUUACAGCAGUCAGUUGAAUCACAAAGCUGAUGCUACAUUGUGGUGGAGGAGAUCUAUUCUGGGAGCUUCUGGGGUACAUCAAGGGGGCAGAUUUUUCAUUGUGUGGAAAUGUAUGAGGAUGUAGAGAGAGUGACUGAAUUUCUAAGCCUCUGGCUACCCGCCACACCCUCAUAAGACAAAAACUGCUAUGCACUCUUUCCAUGAAAAAGAAAGUGAAAUGCAGCCCCCCCCCAUUUUAAAGCAAAGCUGUCUGUGCAGUUUCAUAUUUAUGGUGGUCCUGCUUCUCCAGUGACUGCACUGGACUGCUAGAUAAAAGUUAUGGGGCCGGUGUGGUUCUUUGAUAGGGUAUUGGCUAUUAUAUGGGUAUUUGACCUGGAAGCUGACUUGCUGGACAACAAACACAGACAGGAAGAGAACCGCUUGCUGAGGUCAUGUGACAAGGGAGAGACAGAAGGGCAAUGAGCCAUUCUUAUCCUGGUUUGGAGUAGCAGAAGAGAUGUAACUGCCAAGGCCAUUGACUCCUGGGGCCUGGGGCACCGUGGGGCCCCCAAACAUUUUUUUGAAGUGGCAGGGGUCCCUCAAUGUUCAGAAGGGGCCCCUGUGCAAUGUCAGGAUGUUGAGUGCUGCUGCGCAUGGGUCCCUUCAAUCUUCUGGAAACUGCAUAGUUAUACAGGAGAGGAGACUAUCAGAUUGUGAUCACUUCAUGGGAAAUGGUUACAUUCUGGGAAGGAGUAUAGUAGAAGAUAGAGCAUAGUGGAAGUUAAGCAAGAAAAUGAAGAGCAUUCAAACAUAAUUCAUUUCCCACAACUUGGCAUGCCCUGUCCUCGGUCUAAGAACGACUGAGUUGUGUCUGGAGAGAGAACUUCCUGAUUUGCUAAAAUAGAUGUGGGGAACAUUUGGCCCUCCAAAAUGGUGCUGAACUGCAACUCCCAUAAUCACUAGCCGUUGGCCAGACUUCCUGGAGCUGAUGGGAGCUGUAGUUCAGCUACAUCUGAAGGGCCAAAGGCUCAUCCUACCUGUGCUAAAAAAAUAGAAGGGAUUGUGGAAAAGUCCAACAGAGGUGAUGUUAGAGAGGCUGAGGGUCAGAAACACAGGUGUGUCAGAAAAACAGAAACAAAACUCGGAGGUGGGGAGAAAGGAGGGAAAAUUCAGCAAAAGUGUAGAGAAUGGUUGGCUUGCCCAGUUUCAGAAAAUUCUGAAAAUGCAUCAAAGCUGGCAGGGAUGAUAAGAAACAGGCCAGUGAAGUGCAACUUUCAGUGGUCCCAUAAGAGCUCUUUGGGAAUGAUUGGGGCUUAUGCAGAGGCCCCAAUGGUUGCCGUGAAAAUGUUUUGCUAUCGUACAAGUAUCAACACAGUGUAAUGCCUCCUCUGUCACAUGCAGAGUUGGUCAAGCAAGUGGACUAAUCAUGAGACCUGGUAUUGAUUCGAUUAUUCCUAAUGUUUAAAAUUAUCAACCACAACUUUGCCGUGACAUCGGGAAGCUUUGUGAAUUACUGCCACCUGGUUUCUGAGGUAUCUUCCAGAGAGAUUAGUCAAUGUUGGCUAUUUAAUGAGCAUUUAUCUUGCUUUGUCUGUAGGGUGGUAGGACGGCACUGCAUCAAGAAAGUGUUAUCCCUCACUUUCCACUGCAUGCCCCUAUCACUUUCCUUAUUAGAAAAGGUCUGAUCUUUGGGGGGAGUGUGUUUUGCAAGAUGAAUUUUCCAGGAUGUAUUUGAAUCCCACUCAAAAAUUGUGAUAGUCUGGAAGUAUGCUGGGUCUUUAGCAUACUAUGCCCUGAUGUUUCUAAGCCUUUCCUCAUAGCCGAAAGUGUGAAAUCCACUCGCAAUGGCACUGCAGUAAUGAUGCUUUGGAUUGGACUGUGUUUAUGAUAUUCUGCAUCAUGCAGCAUCCUCUAUGCUUCUGACUAGCUUUGAAAUCCCUGUGACAGGUGCCUAGCCCAGACUCCAGAGCCCCUAAAACGCUCCACAUAAUGUAGUUGAGAUGCCUGCAUUGCAAGGGAUUGGACUAGAUGACUCUCAAGGUCCCUUUCAACUCUACAACUCUAUGAUUCUAUGUAUCCCUUCCAGCCAUGUGGAAGAAGUGAUGCCUAAUGUGAUACAACCAUGUUACUGAAUACAGCCUUUGAUGAUCACAGUAUGAGUCUGGCAGCCCAUUCCCCCCACCCACAUACUGCUUACAUAAAUCACUCUGAAGAAGUGCCACUGGCAAACAUGGUUGUGCUGGGUUAGAUCUUACAUGAUGCAUCCAUGUGUAUGCUCUGGGUGGAAGGUUUUACAGUGUCUGCACAUUCUGUCCAAAUGUCUGAAGAGUAUGAUGCUGCAGUCUAAAUCUACCUUCUACCCACUCCCCUCUUUCAGUGUAGAUUCAUUUAGGGUUAUGGUAGUAGUGUGCUGUAUAAAAAGAAAAAAAGAAAGCUGAGAUUCUAUGGAUCCCAACAAGAGUUGUCAGAGUCCGAUAGCACACUCUAGAGUCUGUUUAAGACCUGAAAGGUAAUCCAUUUGGUGCAGCUGUUUAAGCUAGAAAGUCCAUAUGCUUGAGCCUCAGCUAGAUCUCUUCACAAUGAAGUGCUUCUGCAAUGCCUCUGCCUGGUUAUGACAACGGCCACCUGUUAAUUUUAAAUGGUUAUGUGUUCUAUCAAAUUUUAAAUAAAAAUUACAUGCUGUUGUACAGCAUAUUUUACAAAAAGGAUAGGAGAGGAUUGAAGGAAUAGGCUGUCUUGUGCAUAAAUGAAAUUGGUCUUAUUUUCAGAGCUUUAAUGCCCCCACCCCCAAUUAAUAUUGCGAAAUGGUGCAUUAAUACACCCAAAAGGUGGCUAUUUGGUUUAAGAUUCAAUGCUCCAAAUCAGUUGAAACGUGUGCUACGAUUUUGGAGUGCUUAACAAAUACUGCAAAAUGCAUGUUGACGUGAUGUUCUUCCUCAUCUGGAGGACUUCCUGGGGGGUGCUUGGUUUUUUUGUUUUGUUUUUGUUUUAAAACAACAACUAAAUGGUUAUUUGCUUUCUUUUGCUAAUUGGACACUUGCUUUCUUUUCACUGAAACUCAAGUGUUUUUCAUCACAGUUUGAACAUUCUUUCAUGUAUCUGCCAAAACCUGGAAUCUAUCCCCAGAGCUAAAAUGCACUUAAAAUUAAAGCACGAAAUCCAAAAUCCAGCCUUUCUGUUGAUUUUGAGCUUAUAUGCAGUCAGUUUCCCCUAACUUUCAUGUUUGCUGUAUAGUUUUGGUGCAGUUGCCUUCUGUAGAAUGAACUGCUCCCAGGAAAACCACAGACUGGGUUUAGCUCUGGCCUGGGUGAUUCUGAUAGGAAUUAUAUUACUUUAUUUGUUUAUGCAUUUAAAAGUUUUCUUAUUUCGUCACAUGGCUUUCCUCUGAUCUUUCCAAGAAUCUGGAAACAAUGCAAGUAAAACAGCAAGGCUACUCAUUCCCAUCAAAAUAGCAUAAACUGCCAUCUAUCUGAGGCUGUUAUUUUAUUUAUGGUUGACUGUUACCUCCAGAAUGUGCCUCAACAGAAAAUUAAAUAUUUUGAUAGAGAAAUUCAGAAGCUUUUGCUGUUUUUGCAGAAUAGGCACUGCAAUGCAUUUUUAUUUUGAAUAAUAAAACAAUAUCAUGUAUUUAUCAUGGAGACUACCACAGGACAAGCUAAGGACAACUGAUGCUCACUUCAAAGACAGAAAAGUCUUGUGGUUUAAUCUAGGCUUCAGAUGGGAAGAAUAUACCUGCUGAUGAAAGAUGGCUCAUUUAUGAGUUGUGGCACUCUUCAUGGUAGGAAAUUGUAAAGCUGGCAUUAAAGACAAAGACUUGGAAUUCAGAAGGUGGCAGAAUGAGCAUUAGAUGCCUUUGCUAACACAGUUUUGGUAGCCACCCUUUCUGCUGCAGUUGCAUUGCCAUGUGCUCUUCUAUUCUGAACCCAUUUUUUUGUUUGUUUGUAUGUAUGUGUGUUGAGGGUGUGAGGGCUUCAUAGGGAAGGAGAAGGCAGGAGAGUCCUGUUCUGUGAAUGGAACAUGUUACAGUCCAAGCCAAAGUGUCUUGUCCUAGCUACGUUAGGUGCACUUAAGCCACUGAAAUCAUACCCUUAAUUGCACCCAGCUUGGCCACGAUUGGGCUGAAAAAUCGAAGUGUCCAGUUCUAGUCACUGCUACUAACCUCUCUUUUUAACAGUGAAAACAAAUAUGCUCAAUUAUUAUUGUAGUCAUUUAAGCUAUUUAUAAAAACAAACUCUUAUUUAUUUUUAAUGCAUGUUGCUUACUUUUCAAAUGGAAAAAGUGUUCUUAAAACCAAGCAAUUACAUAGGCUUAUUAUUAAAGAACAGUGUUUUACUUUAAGAAGAAAAGAGAAAUUAAUAUGCACAACUAUUUUCUGUUAAGUAUUGAUAUGGUCUUAUUUUUCCUUAAAGGGAUUUUUUUAAAGGUCAAACAUAACUGUAUCCAAGAGCACUUCUAAGAUAACAAUGCAUUUUGCUUUGUUUUUUCACGGACAUGCAAAUACCCUGUUUCUAAACCAAUUGGGUGGUAUUCCACUGGCGCAAGGGCAUGGGCUUUGAAUUCAUCAGGGAGGGGUCUGCUAAUGGUAAACAGAUUUCUGUGGGGACUGCAGGGUGGAGGGGACAUCAGCAAAAACCCCUCCCCUCCUCCUAUUCCAGUAGUGGAUGCCUUCUGUUGGAGCAACAGCAACAGGAGGACCAGCCGGAUUCUACCCACUGACUUAAAAGCAGGUCCCAUUUAUUCUAAAACAAAUCAAUUCCAAAUAAGCAUGCUCAGGUUCAGUGAAUAAGAUGAUUACCAUAAGCAUAUUUACUUGGAGUUCCACCAAAAUCAAAAGGUCUUUUAUCCCAUAUGAUAAUGUGUCUGAUCCAGCACUCUAAGGCACAUACUGAGCUCCUUUUGCGCUCACAGGCAUUUCCGAUAGCUCAAUGGAAUGGGCUGCUCUAUGCAUGUAAAGGAAUGUAGGCGUCCUCCAUUGAAGUGAAUGGGGAAGCUCUGCGGAGCACUUCAGAGCAAAUUGUAAAACUGAAGAAAAUGUGUUUAGGAUCAGGAAGGCCGAAAGGAUUACUCGCUAGUAUGGCAAAAGUGCAAAGUUGCCAACAUCACAAACACCACGACUUGCAAUGUUCAUGUUCUAGUGACAUUGUAGCAUAACAUCUGUAAUUUGAAGUUCUCCUUUGGAAUGUAACGUAGGAAACCCAACUUAGCUAUGUCACCAAUAUCUUGAAAAUUGUUUCCAUUUAUAAUUAUUUAUAUUGUAAAUAGAUUUCUGAAGUAAAUUUGAAGUCAAUGUGUAUAAGAUGUAUUUAUUAUGUGAAGAAAUUUUUCUUUAAAAAAUACAGCUACCAAUAUGUAGUCUC